AUGCCGUAUGUCAGCGACGGCGAUGACUUCCAGCCGCCCCGAAAACGACGAUGGGAGGACGACCACGACGACCGCGUCCGCCGGCUGUACAGCCCAGACAAGCAGCCACCGGACCUCUACCUGCUAAACCGAGCGUCGGACCUCACCGCCGCCCGCAAGGUCCUCCCGCCCUCUCCGAAAAGGGCCCGCGUCGGCGUCGCCCCCGAAGACGACUCCCCCGGCAGCCCUGUGCCGGCGCAGCGACGGCGGCCAUCACCACAGCAGAGGCUGUUCCAGGACCGCCCGGCCCUCGGGAACAGGGCAUCCCCGGCGCCCAGUGCCGGAGCCGGAGCCGGUGCGGCGCGCCCAGCCCCCUGCUACAUAUGCCAUCGGCGGCCGACCAAGACGUCCGACCUCGACUCCUUCGCAGAGUGCCAGGGCUGCGGCGAGACAGCGUGCUUCGUGUGCAUGAGACAGUGCUACGGAUGGGACACGGACGACGGCAUGUCCGUCCUUUCGGAGCAGGAGGUGCUCUCGCGAUCACUCCACAUGGACGACGCCGACGCCGACGCCGACGCCGACGCCGACGCCGACGCCGACGCCGACGCCGACGCCGACGCCGACGCCGACGCCGACGCCGACGCCGACGCCGACGCCGACGCCGACGCCGACGCCGACGCCGACGCCGACGCCGACGCCGACGCCGACGCCGACGCCGACGCCGACGCCGACGCCGACGCCGACGCCGACGCCGACGCCGACGCCGACGCCGACGCCGACGACGAGAACACCGACACCGGCGCGCGGCAACCCCAGGGCCGCUGCCGGGACGCAGCCAAAGACGCCAGGGGAUGGGGCGCGUCGGGACACCGCUCCGUCGUCUGCAGCAGGUGCUGCGUGGAGAGGGGCCGCCAAGGAGACGUCAUGUGCUUGGGCUGCUUGUCUGGCAUGUCUGGCGCGUGA